GUCGCAGUUUUUUGGACGAACGACGGCUUCUCGUGAGUAAUCGGGUUAGUUCCUGCCAGCCGAGUCUCCUGGGUAGCCUCGCUUCUUGGUCGUCUCUCCAAUCGUCGUGUCCACGUCUUCGUUGGGCGCGCGAAAGAGCUCGAGAGGACUUCGAGUUUCAAAACGAUCGCCUUCCUAUCAGCGAACAUUAUUGUCCUUUUUCGAGGAUAUACAAGGGAUACAUCGUGCGCUGAGACGUCGCAAUAUCCGCAGAUAUCGUUGAAUCACGUAGACACUAAACCGAUAUCAAAAUGGGUUGUUUCGGGAGCAAAGACAAGUUGAGCAAAGAAGAUAUGGACUUCCUCAAGUCGCAUACGCGAUACGAUGAAGCGACUAUAAAGGAAUGGUACAAAGGUUUUAAACAAGACUGUCCUAAUGGCAGGUUAACGCCGGCGAAAUUUGUCGACAUGUACAAAAUGUUCUUCCCGUCCGGUAACGCGGAAGAAUUCUGCGACCACGUGUUCCGCACAUUCGACAUGGACAAGAAUGGCUACAUCGACUUUAAGGAAUUCCUAUUGGCGAUCGACGUAACGUCCAGCGGCACGCCAGAAGAAAAACUGAAAUGGGCGUUCCGCAUGUACGACGUUGACGGCAACGGCGUUAUCGAUAUGCAGGAAAUGACGAAGAUCGUCCAGGCGAUAUACGACAUGCUCGGCGCAUGUUCGAGCAAUAGGCCGGCAGACAGCGCGGAGGAAAGAGCGAAGAACAUAUUCGCGAAGAUGGACGAGAACAACGAUGGGCAGCUGACGCAGGAAGAAUUCCUGAAGGGUUGCCUCCAGGACGAGGAGCUAUCGAAGAUGCUCGCUCCUUAAUCCCGACGUC